UAGCCCACGUCUCCCCCAAUCCUCAAAGAAAUUGCACGCUGCAUUGUUGCAACCUCCAAUUACUCCCGUAAUCCCCUUGUCUCCCCCAAUCCUAAAAUUAAGGAGAUUAAAUCCCUGCGAUGAAGCCUUGCCAUCGAUUGCUUCUCUUCCUCUCAUUCAUUUCGCCCUUCUCCCUCUUGAAGCUCAUCACGCCGCUCGCCCGCUGCCAACUCGCAGCAUCUCCAAUGUUUGUUCAGUCGGGCGGUGAGUAGGAGCACCGCAAGCUGUGGGCACGGCGGCGACGAGCGCGCGGCCAGGGCUGGAUUACCACCGCGAUGACAAGCAGGCAGAUCCAAGAUCGAUGGCUUCUAAUGAAGGAGCAGAAGGCUCAGGUAUGCCUGGUGCGGGUAAUGGAAACUUAGUUGAUCCUUCGACGCAACAUGCUACACCAAUAUUUCAGGCUACCCUGACAUCUGAGGUUGCUACUCCAACAUCUCAAGUUACAUCCAGCAGAGCUGGUGGUAAGAGAAAGCGAACAUCGGCAGUAUGGAAUGAGAUGGAAGAGAAAAUAGAAAAUGGACAAUUGAAAGACGAGUGCAAUUAUUGUCACAAAAAAUUUACUGCAGGACCAAGAGCUGGCACAAAUCACUUGCCUUUGCAUUUGGAAUCUUGUCCUGCUAGGCAUGCACCCAUAGGCCCAAAGCAACAAAAAUUAAGGUUGACAAAAGGCGAAGGUGGCAAAGUGAUUUUGGAAAGUGUCAUUUUUUACCAAGAGAAGGCUAGGAGAGAUCUUGGGUUGAUGAUAUGUGAACAUGAGUAUCCUUUAUCUAUCAUGGAACAUAGUGGUUUUCGUAGAUUUUGUUCUUCUCUACAGCCGUUGUUUAAGAUGGUGUGCAGAAAUACUAUUAGGAAUGAUAUUGUGGCUAUGCAUUCUGCCCAAAGGGAGAAGAUGGUGAAUUUUUUUGCAACAUUUAAACACCGAGUGGCUGUCACUACGGAUUUGUGGACAGCAGGCUAUCAAAAGAGAGGUUACAUGGCUGUUACCGCUCACUAUAUUGAUGAUACUUGGAAUCUAAAGAGCUUUCUUAUGAGGUUUGCUUAUGUGCCAUGUCCACAUUCAGCUGAGGUUAUAUGUGAAGCCUUGUAUGAGUGUCUUGUUGAGUGGCACCUUGAGCAGAAGAUCUCCAUUGUCACUUUGGACAACUGCACAUCAAAUGACAAGGCUAUGGUUAUAUUGCCAGAUAAGUUGGAUACAAGCUCUCUCAUGUUGGAUGGUCAAUUAAUGCAUAUGCGUUGUGCAGCUCACAUAUUAAACUUAAUUGUGAAAGAUGGAAUGAGUGUCUUAGAGCAAGGGAUAGAGAGGUUGCAUGAUCGUGUUGCAUUUUGGUCAGCCACACCUAAAAGGCACUAGAAGUUUGAAAAGAUGGCAAAAACUUUGAACAUAGAGUAUAACAAAAGGUUAACUCUUGAUUGUAAGACUAGAUGGAAUUCAACUUAUACCAUGAUUAGCAUUGCACUACAGUACAUGGAGAUAUUUGAAAAAUUAAAGCCACGGGAAAAGAAAUUUAAGUGUUGCCCAACCAAAGAUGAUUGGAAGUUUGCAAAAGAAAUAUGUGAUAGGCUGAAGCUCUUCUUUGAUAUCACCGAGUCAUUCUCAGGCACCAAGUAUGUCACAGCAAAUCUUUUUUUCCCUAAAGUGAUUACCAUUCGCUUAGCCAUAAGGAAAUGGGGUAAGAGUGACAUUGAGCUUAUACAAAAAAUGUCUGAGGAAAUGAAGGAUAAGUUUGAGAAGUAUUGGAAAGAUAUCCAUGGUCUUAUGUCCGUUGCAACAGUUCUUGAUCCAAGGUAUAAACUUCAUAUUCUCAAUGCUCUUUAUGGCCCCCUCUAUGGAAGAGAACAUGCAGCCACCGAAAUAGAGAAGGUAAAGAAGUUAUUGAUUGAGUUGGUGAAGCAAAAUAAAGAUGAAGUUGAAGGUGAGGAUACACAUGAUGCUUCUAUUAAGGAGCCAGUUGGAGAAGAAGAUGAAGCCAUGAAACUCUAUGACAUGUAUUUGUCUAGUCGCCCCACGGUCCCUUCUUCAUCAAUCCAUACAGAAUUGGACUUGUAUUUGGAAGAAGCUAGUUUUCUUAAAAAUAGAACACAAGAAUUCGAUAUUAUUAAUUGGUGGAAGGUUAGCGGCUCGAGGUUUCCUACCUUGCAAAAACUAGCUCGUGAUAUAUAUUGCCUAUUCCCAUAACAUCUGUGGCUUCCGAAUGUGUGUUCAGCACUAGUGGAAGAGUGCUCAGUGCACAUCGUAGUAGACUUACUCCUAAUGUGGCCGAAGCUCUCAUGUGCAUGCAAGCUUGGUCUCGUGCAGAUAUGUUAGGUGGUUGGAACUCUACACUCUUUGCUACAUUCUAGAGUGUUCUCGAGGAUGAGGGAGAAGAGAUGGUAAAUUAAUUAAAUGCUUUAUUCUUAAAUCUUUGGAUUAUAGCUGAAU